UAUGCUAUUGUCUCUAACUUCGAAGCUUAAGCAGGAUCUGUUUGGAUACAUUAAUUAUCUAGUCUAAGUAAUAGAUUAAAAUAGAUUAGUAGUAGAAUAAAGUUCAAACCAGGAGACAAGUCUGUUUCGGUAUAAUUUGAAAGGAGAGCGACACUUCAAUCCCUAUACAUAUCCUAAAUUGGAAUUUUUGGGGAUACUCUAAAAAAUGAAUUCAUAUAAAAUUUUUAAGUAUAUGUAAAUAAAAUAUGUAGACUACUAAAUAACCUAUUAAUAAAAUUUAGAAGAUGUUAUUGAAGCCUCAUACGUUUUUCUCUUCUCAACCAAAUCCAAAAGAAUUUUAAAACCUGAUCACUAGAAAUUUAAAAUCUUAUAAAAAAGAAGUUCAGUUAUAAAUACUCUUAAGUUACAUGAUUAAAUAUCAUAUAAUGUAGAAAAAUUAUUUUCACAUUUUGUAUAUAGGGCCUUGUUAAAAUAAAAGGAAUAUAGAAGACUUUAAAUGUCUAGACCUUCUUAAAAAAGUUGUAUUAAAGCGAGAUAAAUAAACCUUCUUAAAAGCUCAAACAAAAUAAACAGGCAAUAUCUUUUAAUCUAGUCGUAUUGAAAUUUGUGAAUUACGAUAUUGA